AUGGUUGGAUGUGAUGAUUGCGGUGACUGGUAUCACUUAAAAUGUAUCAAUGUGACGCCUACUAUGGCAAAGACGAUGCACAAUUACAUCUGUCCGCCAUGCAUCGCGAAGAGUGGCAAGGCGAGCGCACUCUCGUUGGAUACGUAUCGCUCGGUGCAUCGCACCAAUCGCCCAAACGUCAUGCUUUUGCGAGAACUCCUCGGUGAAGCGCAGCGAUUUCCUGGAGAAGUGCCAGAAGAAGCCGUGUUGAAUCAAGUCAUCAAUACUCACGACGCGUGGCGAUUGGAAGUACGAAAGACUUUGCAUAGAAAGAGUAUGAAGGAAGCACACGACAACGCCAUCAGUCAAGCUUCGAAGAUUGCCCAAGAAGCAGCGAUGAGAGAAUCUGAGGAACGCACACGACGAAUCGCCGAAGCGUCGCUCGCGGCGACUGCAGAGAACCCCAAUCCUCCAGCUUCUCUCACGCCAUUACAGCAAGUCAUGCUGAUGGGUCAAGCUGUCACGUUCGCCGCAACGCAGCGCACGCACGCGUUGAACAUUUCGCCGUGUUCGCAGGAGAUUUCAGAUGUCGUCACAAAGCAGCUCGGGCAACUUCAACAGCUCGCCAUGCAACUCGCGAUGUGCCAAGCUCAAAUUCACAUGGCUCCAGUUCGGUCUAGGCCCCACAUCCUCCACGUCUUGAUGAUGCAGCAACAGCAUCUAAAGAUGACAAACGAGCACGAGGAAGAGCUGGCAAAUGUUGGCGCUAGCAACUGGCUCAUGGAAGCGACUCUGCAACUAUCUGGAAUGUCUGGCAUGAUGCCGCCGCCGACGGCGCAAGACACCGGCAAAGAACCUUCAACAUCCACGGGUCAUGGUAGUCCAAGCGAUAUGUCUGCUCAGUUGAAGACGAACGAACCGAUGAUGGUUCCGCAGCAGUUCAUGUUGCAACCGGCCAUGCCAUCGCUUGUCGGCGACGCGUCUGGAAUGCCCAAGCAAGAGAUGGAUUACACGUAUGACAUUCCUCGAAAAGAUAAUGUCGAUCCAGCGCUGCAAGUGUACGCGGGCAUGAAGGGUGCUCUGGCGAUGGAGCUGGAACCUGUUGAGGAGACGCUCGCGUUGAUGCGCGAAGUGUGCGGUCCGGCGUGGAGAGAACAAGCCACGCGGCUCAUGACUGGUGCGCCGUUCCCGAGGUUGAUCAAGCUUCACGAGCUCAAGGAAUCUGCCAUGGCUGCUGGUCUUUGCCCUGGUGCCGGCAUUGAUCCUUUGGCCGAUCGCGCGCACGCGUUGGAGGUUGCUGGACAAAUCUGGCUCGAACGCGCCGCCGCCGUCGUGCAAGACAAAACGAUUCCUAUCGAGGCGGCGCAGUUGCUGCUUCAAGAGGGUCGAUCUUUGCCUUUAUACUUGAAGGAGGAGCUCGAGGAGUUGGGAGAGCGAUGCGAACUGUAUUGCGUUUGCCGAAGCGCGUACGACGCUCUCAGGCCGAUGAUUUGCUGCGAUCGAUGCGAUGGUUGGUUUCAUUACGAGUGCAUCGGCAUGCAGUCGCCGGCGCCGGGCGAGGAAGACGAAAACGCCGAAAACGUCAAGUUUGCCUGCCCAGAGUGCUGCGCGGCGCAAGGUAUUCCGUACGUUCCGUUCCGUCCAGCGCCGAAGGACACGGACAAAGCGCCGGAGCGAGCCGCGCCUCCGCCGGCUGAAGAAGCUCCGGAGCCGCCAAAGACGGAAGAAGAAGCGAAGCCGCCCGCUAAACCAGAACCGGAAGUCGCGGACAACAAGAAGAAACGAAAAACGGUGGAGCCGACUCCGCCUGCUAAUAAAAGUACCUCUAGUCGCAGCAGAAGACGAAAGUAG